UGGACUUUUUAAUUAGAAACAUGCUUUUGCGCAUGCGUCAGGAAGCACGCCGGUGUUACCGCAAAAAGUGUCCGUGUAGAAAGUUCCUCCCGAGUUCCACAAUCCAUGUGUUCCGGUUCCUAGCUACUUCCAAGCUACCCAAUCUCAUUGUACCGGGAGUCCCAAUGAAGGCAGGCGGGGGUGCGAUAACGCCCUCUGUUUACCUGAGGCACCUGUACGCUCACCUGGUGUUGUGAACACACACACUCACACCCUGACCCGGCCGAGAGAGGACUUGAAGGAGCGCUACAAGGAUGAAGAGGCUCCCCAUUCUCUGCCUGCUCCUGUGGCUGUGCGCCCUGUUCUACGUGGGCAUCUACCUGUUUGUGAGUGGCUUCCUCCUGGUGAGACUGGAGGUGAACCGGACCAGCGCCUGCGACGACGUGCUCCAGCCCGGCGGGCAGCAGAGGGACUUCUGCGGGGCCAAGCCGCGCUUCAAGAGGACCCUGCUGCUCAUCGUCGAUGCCCUGAAGAUCGACUUCGCCCGCUACGACCCCGCCAACAAGACGCCACGGCCCUACGAGAACAAGCUGCCGGUGCUGGAGGAGACGACCUCGCUGAGGCCCACCCACAGCCGGCUGUACCCCUUCCGCGCGGACCCCCCCACCACCACCAUGCAGCGGAUCAAGGGCUUCACCACGGGCUCCCUGCCCACCUUCAUCGACGUGGGGAACAACUUUGCCUCCAGUGCCAUCCUGGAGGACAACAUUAUCCACCAGUUUGGGCAGAUAGGGAAACGUCUGGUGUUUAUGGGCGACGACACCUGGGAGAGCCUCUUCCCCAAGAAGUUCCAGCGCUCCCUGCCCUUCCCCUCCUUCAACGUGAAGGACCUCCACACCGUGGACAACGGCAUCCUGCAACACCUCUACUCCACCAUGGUGGGGGACGACUGGGACGUCCUGGUGGCGCAUUUCCUGGGCGUGGACCACUGUGGGCACCGCUUCGGUCCGGACCACCCAGCCAUGGGCCAAAAGCUCACUCAGAUGGACGGGGUGAUAAGGGCGGUGAUGGAGCGGCUGCAGAACGACACCCUGCUGGUGGUGAUGGGCGACCACGGCAUGACGGACACCGGAGACCACGGGGGGGAUAGCCAGAAGGAGACGGACGCGGCGCUCUUCCUCUACAGCCCCACGCCCCUCUUCCCCGGCCCGCCCUCCCAGAGUGAACCAGAGGUGGUUCCUCAGACAGACCUGGUGCCCACCCUGGCCCUGUUGCUAGGGGCGCCCAUCCCUUAUAGCAACGUGGGUCAGGUUCUGCUGCCUCUGUUCCCUGAGGCCCAGGUGCAGGGUGCAGUGGCUGGCCUCAGCCAGCUGGAGGCGCUGUGGGUCAACGUGAAGCAGGUGAACCGUUUCCUGGAGACGUACUCCAGCAUGGCGCGGGACAUCCCCCCUGAGAGCCUUGCCGCGCUCCAGGCCCACUUCUCCCGCCUCUCCAGCGCCUACCUGGCCUCUAGCCCCGCCUCCAGCCCCGCCUCCAGACAGGAGCUGGUGGAGUCCAUGCAGGCUUACCUCACCGCCGUCCGCGAGACCUGCCGCGCCACCUGGGCCCGCUUCAACCCCCACAAGAUGGCGGCCGGCCUGGUGAUCCUGGCGCUGGCGUGCCUGCUCUGCUUCAUGGUGUCUCAGGCCUCCGGGGCGCUGGGCGCCGGGGGGCGGGGCCUGCUGACGGUCCCCGUGGCGACGGCGGCGGUGGUGGCGGCGGCGGCGGCGGCCGGCCAGGCGUUCACCCGGGGCAGCGUGGAGCUGACGUGGUGCGUGGCGCCCGCCGUCUUGGUGUCGGAGCUGGUGAUGCUGAGGGGCGUCCGCCGCUGGGUGGGAGCCAAGGUGGAAGCCAAGCACUGGAGCGGCUCGGCCCACCUCCUGCUGCCCCCCCUGCUGGUGGCCGGCCUGCGCUGCGCCUCGCUGCUCUCCGACAGCUACGUGAUCGCCGAGGGCCGCGUGGUCACCUUCCUCCUCCUCUCCCUGGGCCUCUACGUCCCCCUCCGCCUCCACUGGGACGGCCACCUGCUGCCGCCGCCCCACGACCCCCAGAAGCCCCCCGCCGGCCUGCUGCCGCCGCCGCCGCCGCCCGCCCUGGUGCGCCGCGAGAGCUACGUCCUCCUGGGCUGCCUGGGGCUCCUGGUGGGCGGGGCUUACCUCUCGCUCUCCUUCCACGCCUGCCGCGAGGAGCAGGGCGCCUGCACGCCCUCGCCCUUCCUCUCGCCGCUGGCCCGCAUGCAGGACAGCCGCCUGAAGAACCUGCACUACGGGCUGUCCCUGGGCGCGCUCGCCCUCUGGACCCACCUGCUGCGGCGCUGGCUGCGUCACUACGGCAACCUCAACGCGUCGGGCGGCGCGGUGCUGGCGGCGCGCUGGGCGCUGCCCCUGGCGGCGGUGGGCCUGGGGCUGAACUGGGCGGUGAGCGGCACGCCCGAGGGCAGCUUCCGCAACCUGGCGGAGCUGAUCGGCGCGGCGCAGGUGGCGCUGCCGCGCGCCCUCUACGCCCUGCUGGGCCUGGCCGCGGCCCUGCUCUGGGCGGACCCGCUCACCGUCUUCCUGAAGACCAGGGGCCCCGCGCCCGGCCGGGGGUCCCGCGCCUUGGCCACCGCCGCCCCCCCGCCGCUGCCCCGCUACCGGGCCAGCACGGGCAUCAGCCCGCACGCCGAGCUCCAGCACCUCAUCCCGCAGAUCUACCAGCGCAUGCGGCGCUCCCUGGAGGACUCGGAGCAGCAGCUGGCGGCGGGCCGCGAGGUGGACACGCGGCCCGCCGUGGAGGCCUACGGCCUGGGCACGGUGUACUCCGCUCCCCUGCUGCUGCUGUGCGGCCUGCUGGGCCUGGGGCUGCUGCUGCUGCACCCCGAGGGCAUGGCGGUGUCCUUCCUGCUGCUGCUGCUGGAGAUGGCCGCCCUGCUGCACAUCCACGCCUCCGCCAUCAGCCUGGCCGGCCUGCAGGGGGUGCACUCGGGAGACUUCAGCGUGCCCUGGACCCCGUUGGUGCUGUGGGCCCUGGCCUCCAGCCAGUUCUUCCACGCCACGGGUCACCUGCCCACCUUCUCCUCCAUCCAGUGGGGCGCCGCCUUCGUGGGCUUCCCCGGGGGCCACAGCGGCACCCUGCUGCCCGCCACCCUGGUGGCCCUCAACACCUUCUCCUCCCACAUCCUGUUCGCAGUGGCUUGCCCUCUGCUCCUGUUCUGGCCUCUGGUGUGUGAGGUAAGAGGAGGGGCUGGGGGAGGAGGAGGAGGAGGAGGAGGAGCAGCAGGCCAAGAGGAAGGGGAGGAUGCAGUGAUGGAGAUGAGGCUGAGGGAAAACCCUCAGCAGUUCAGCUCUGCUCUCCUGCAGCUGGCCACCCGCUACCUCACCGUCCUGGGAGUUCAGGUGCUGGCCUCUGUGUGUGCGGCUGCGGUCCUCAGAAGACACCUCAUGGUGUGGAAGGUCUUUACACCCAAGCUGAUGUUCGAGACGUGUGGCUUCCUGGUGAGCAGCGUGUUCUUGCUGGUGGGAGUGGGCCUGGUCCUCAGGACGGACCUGGCCGUGGGCCGCUGGUUCCGGAGACUCCUCCACGCCGACCCCUCCAGGUAGCGUUCAGCCCUGCACUACCCCGUCGCCGCCGGCAGGGUGGUAGUGUGCGCCCCGGCGCACGGAACACUGUGACCAUCGGGACGCUUUCCACGAAGAAGAGGGGGUAGGAGUCUGCCAUCGGUGUUGCCAAUCCCAAACGGGGUCUAUGAGAGGGGUCUCGGAUGUGUUUCGGUGGCGAUACAUUAAGGGCUGUGAUGCUAUUUUGAGGGGAGCCCCUAGGUUCCAGUCUUUCUGGUACGACACAUUUCCACCCACCCCUCGACUCCGCUGGUGUAGUGUUAAGAAGGUGCGUCAUAGUGAUUGGCGUUUUGGACUCGUGUUACUCACGGCUGAUGCUGUCGAGGUUGACUGUGUCAUUCAGAGCCGUGCACGGAAGAACCACAAGGUGAAUGUUCCCCUGAAUGGCCCAGUUUUUGGGUUCUACUUUAUUUCCUCCCAGAACUCAUUAAUCAUUACAAACGGUUCAAGCCGGACGAGUCCAACGUCUACCGGAGCACAGCACAAGACGAACAUCGCCGGUGCGGGGCCAGGCCGAGGUUGCCGGUGCGAAGGCGGCCCCGUCUUUUCACUUUCUGUUCAUCUCUGGAAGUACGGCCCGAGGCCUGUUUUCUGUCGCUGACGCUGGGGUUCCAGAAUCAUCCAUUUAUGAUCCGCCCUGGAGCAGCGGCACAUAAAGCCAGCUGGGUCAUCCGUUAACCGAGGUCAUAGAAAAACAUCAUGGCUGCUCUGCUUAGGCUUUUAGCGGAGAACAUGAACCAUGACCUCUUCAAAUUAAAUGCUCUUUUUAUUGUCAGCCUUUUUUUUUCAAUUUUUAUUUUCUAGUAUCCUUUGGAAUUCUUUUGGAAGUUUUUGUACCUUCAAGCGGAAAAAAGACGGUAGCCUAGAUUUCCGUCCUCGGUAUGAUAUGUACGUAGCGGACGACCUAGCCGGGGACAGCGUUGACGUGACGUCGCAAGACGCCACACUCGCCCAAUCGGCUUGGAGAUGUCACCGUCUGGGACGUUGGCAGGCUUGGAGGAGGCAGCCUUGGACUUUAUGAUCACCGAUACCUCUGAGCUUCUGUGCGGCCCCACCGUGUCUGCCAAACGGGGGCAUGUGCUCGAUCCACUCACCUGGAUUCACCUGCAGAGGCUCACUACAUCAUCCAAGUGCAUUAACACAUGUCUGUCUGUCUGUCUGUCUGUCUGCUGGGGUGUUUUUUUUAUGUUUUUUGUAUUUUUUACAGUGUUGCUCUAAUAAUUGAUUAUUCUGAUUACUGCCAACUUAAUCACGAAAUUACAUUUUUUUUUGUUUUUUUUUACCUUCUCUCAACUUCUCCUGAUUGGUUGAUUUGACGAAUUGGCUUCUAUUAAUUCCUAAAUCGUCUACGUUUUGUUCUUAAUCACCGACGUUACCGCGGAUGAAGAGUUGUCUUAAUUAGGCCUUAUCCACCUCUUCCAUGGAGUAGUUGCCUAGCUUUAUCCUAUGCCUUUAUUUCUACGAUGUCCUUUACUUUGACCGGGUUAACUUCACAAUCUCCAAACUCUGUUAGUUAGUUACUUAGUUCAUUUCGGUUGGCAGGUGCACAUUCGGUCAUUGUAACUUAAGUGUAUU